AUGUCUUUCGAAUAUGCUACGUUCACCAAGGCUUUGAUGUUCGGGAUCGCACUCACCUCCGUAGUUGCGGGUAUUUUUGACUUGAAACAUUAUCUCAACCUUCAACUCGUCCCACACAUUUCUAAACAUCAUCAGGCAAGCUGUUAUUGGCGGCUAUUCGUCCACCAAUUUGCAUGCGCAAGUUCCAGCGACCUGCUGCUGACGGAGUUGCUCCUGUAUAACGUUGGCAUCCCAAUAGAACGGGGCUUCGGUGGCGUCAAGUAUGCUUCCUUCUUCGUCAUCUCCGCUGUGACAACAAUGCUUGUCUCCUUUGUCACCCUUCUUCUAUGCCAGCUGACAGCCGUGACCCGCACCACUUUCAACAAUAUUCCUGCCGGACCGAUCGCUAUCAUUUUCGCGGUGGUGUAUCAGUAUAUGCGCCUGGUUCCUUCCGCAUACCAUUUCAAGGUUUUCGGAGUCGGCAUGAGCGAUAAAAUCUGGGUUUACGCAAUCGCUAUUCAGCUGGCAUUGGCGCGCCUUCCGUCCACGCUACUUCCGACUGCAGUGGGCCUCUUCGUCGGAUAUCUGUACCGUUCAGACUUCCUGCAACUCAAAAGCUGGAGGAUCCCGCCGAAAGCAGUCAAACUUGCCGAGGAUUGGGUCAAGCCCCUUCUGGGAGCGGAAAAGCCGUUACGACGGACGAACCGAGUCCUGCCUGGACCGCGCGCCCAGGAUGGCACCCGUGGCAGCAGGAGGACGGUGAACCCUACGGACGAUGAGGUGAUCACCACCGCCCGUAACUCGAAUACACGCAGGAGUCUAGGGGGACACAAUGCAGCCGACCAGGCUCAGGAUCGCUCGGGGACAGGUCCGAACGCUAGUAGCACGGGAGGUGGAAUGGUUCGCCAGUGGAUGUCGGAGCUCGCGAGUGGUGCGCGUCCCGUGGCGCAGGGGGGUGCGACUGUCAGGGCACCGAGCGAAGGCGAGGUGGCUAUCCUGACGGGUAUGUUCCCUGACAUGGACCGCGAGGUGGUUCUUGGCGUAUUACAAAGGAGUCCGAGCAUAGAAGCGGCGGCAGAGACGCUUCUAGCAUCCCAGGCCGCCUCGUAG